UCCUGACAGCCACACAAUGACCACUAUAAAGGUCAACAGGGCAGGCUGACGGCAGCCCAGGAAGGGACAAAGGCCAGACGCCGCUAGGCAGCUGUUCAGUGAGAGGGUCUGCCUCCCAGAAUGGAGAAAUUUAAGGCUGCCAUGCUCCUGGGGAGUGUUGGUGAUGCUCUUGGCUACAGAAAUGUCUGUGAGGAGAAUAGUGCCUUGGGCACAAAGAUCCGGGAGGAGCUGCAAAGUUCUGGGGGCCUAGACCACCUCGUGCUGUCACCAGGAAAGUGGCCCGUGAGUGACAACACUGUCAUGCACAUCACGACCGCUGAGGCCCUCACCACAGACUACUGGUGCCUGGAUGACCUCUACCGGGAGAUGGUGAGGCGCUAUGUCGACAUCAUCGAGAAGCUUCCAGAACACCGGCCAGACCCAGCUACUAUCGAAGGCUGCUCUCAGCUGAAGCCAGAUAACUACCUGCUUGCCUGGCACACGCCCUUCAGUGAAAAGGGUUCAGGAUUCGGAGCUGCCACUAAAGCCAUGUGCAUUGGCAUGCGGUACUGGGAGCCGAGGCGUCUAGAGACCCUCGUCGAGGUCAGCCUUGAGUGUGGCAGGAUGACCCAUAACCACCCCACAGGCUUCCUUGGGUCUCUGUGCACCGCCCUGUUCUCGUCUUAUGCUGCACAAGGAAAGCCGCUCGUGCAGUGGGGCAGAGACAUGCUGAGGGUGCUCCCACUGGCCGAGGAGCAUUGCCGGAAAACUAUCCGGCACAUGGCAGAAUACCAGGAGCAUUGGUUUUACUUUGAAGCUAAAUGGCAGUUUUAUUUGGAGGAGAGAAAAAUCAGUGAAGACACAGAUGAUAAAGCCACCUUUCCCAACAAUUAUGAUGCUGAGGAGAGGGACAAGACCUACAGAAAGUGGAGCUCAGAGGGCCGAGGGGGAAGACGAGGCCACGAUGCCCCCAUGAUUGCAUACGAUGCCCUCCUAGGAGCAGGUGACAGCUGGACGGAGCUGUGUCACCGAGCCAUGUUCCACGGAGGUGAGAGUGCAGCCACAGGCACCAUAGCUGGCUGCCUAUUCGGACUGCUGUACGGCCUGGACCCUGUCCCCAGAGGCCUAUACCAGGAGCUGGAGCACCGGGAGCAGCUGGAGAACUUGGGUGCAGCCCUGCACCGCCUGUCCUCUGAGGAGAAGUAAAGCUUUCUGCCCCUGCAGGCCUCCCUCUCCCUGUCCAGCCCCACAGCCCUCACGGCCAUACACAGUACAUUGUUUGUCCUGCUCUUGUUCUCCAGUGCCUGCCUGGGGCCCAGACUAACACCUAGACUAACACUGCUUGCUGAGUCCUCCAGCAGCACUAACUGCCCUCCCGAGCUGCCCUCCCGGCAGCAAGUGCGUUUGUGUCCUAAGGGAAACAGAUGUGCCGAACCCUGCCCUUAACCUUCCAGCCCAGGUUUUAAUCACACUAGAUGUUUAAGAUCAACCUCUUUUGGAGCAACUUACUGAGAAAACCAAGAAAUAAAUGCCUCGUGCCGUCUUCCUGGUAGUCAGCCUUUGUGGCAGGUCAGUGUCACAAGUUAGUGGGCCUUUGGCCUGCUGCAGCCCUGCUCCCUCCAGCUCCCUGAUAAGGAAGCAGCUGCACCUGUGGCUGGUACUUCUGCUCUGGAGAGGCCUUGAAAUAGAGAAUACUUAGUCUUAAAAUAAGUUUGGACACAAUUUUUUCAAGUAGCAUCUGGUGUGAAUAAAACAGCAGUUGUGACCGAUGUUCCGCUCUGUGCUUGGCAGUACAGCUGAGCCUGUCUUGUUUCUUGUGAUGCACUUUCGUCUAAGGGCCUCUGAGCAGGGCCAGAGCCCUCCAUGGAAGCUUCCUGCACUCUGCAGAGCAGACGAGGCCAGGCAGAAAGCGUCUACCUGCUGGGAUCUGGGAUAGCAUCUGAAAUGCAGACAUCUGACUCCCAUAGGAUUUGUCUUCUCUUAAAGGUUGAUUUGGAUGGGAAAGUGCUGGAUGUCUUUAUCUUCUCGCUGGGUCUGUUUAUUUUUUUAAUAGACAGAAUCUCACUCUGUUGCCCUGGCUACAGUGCAGUGGUGGAAUCAUAGCUCACAGUAACCUUGAACCCCUGGCUGAAGCAAUCCUCUUACCUUGGCCUCCCAAAGUGCCGGAACUACAAGCACAUGCCCCCACCCUCACCUAAUACUUUAUAGAGAGGGGCUCUAAAGAUGUUGCAUAGGCUGGUCUCAGACUCCUGCCUCAGUAAUGAGAUUACAGGUGUGAGCCUCCGCACCUGGCCUCACUUAGGGUUUUUAUGUGAGUGGACAGAUAGAUAGGAAAGGCUGGCGGACUCUGCAGGAGCCGGCCCCAGACUCUCUGCUUACAGCUAGCUGGGUGAAGCCUUCUGGGAACUGCCGUACUCCAUCCCCCAGGCACCACCCCAUGCCCCUUGCCCUGGAGGAACUGCCCCUG